AUGAGCAAGGACGAUCAGGAGCAUGCUGAACUGCUGGAAUGUAAAUUUAAAAUCCAUUUAGUGGAUCCCUAUUUUCGUUUUUUCAAUCUACCCUACACCUUUGUUUGUGAUGGUGUAGUCGACUGUGAAGACGGGCAAGACGAGCGUAUGUGUUUACAAGUCUCAAAUGAUGUUUGUGAAGGAGGAAAAUCCUGCCCAGCCUCUCACUGGAUGAGUAAACGAGAAGACAUAUGUCUUAAGACAAACGAGAUAUGUGACGGUGUACAAGACUGUCUUGACAACAGUGACGAGGAGCUUUGUGACGAAUGCAUUGAAACGCUCACAGAAGAUGGAACGUGUUUGCCGACUCGGUGGUUCGAGACCAAAUCAGACUUUCACAAAUUUAAACGUCUGCCUCAGAUUGCAAGUCCAGUUGUGGUCUAUACGAGCUGUAACAAUAAGGAAUGUUUGUUUGAAAACGAUAAGAGUAAACCUGUGACAAUUUGUGAUCAAAUCGACUCUAAAACUUUCAAUAGUGCACAACAUGUUAACCAGAAAAUGGCUGCCAAAUGUCAUUACCUAGUAGGCAGAAGUGGCACCAUUUUGGGUUGCUCUGACGGCUCACACUUAAAAAACUGUGAACAUGUUAGCUGUGGGCCUGGGUUUUUUAAAUGCUUUAACUCUUAUUGUAUUCCCAAUUCAAUGAAAAAGAAUGGCAGAGAAGAUUGCCCAUCGGCAGACGACGAAGAAGAAUUUGUUGCUGAAAUUUUCUACUGUCGCCAAGAGUUCACAAGAAAGUACAGCGAAAGCAAAAUAUGCGACGGUAGAUGUGACUGUAUUACAGGUUGUGAUGAUGAGUUGCUCUGUCACAAAAAAUGUCCGUCAGGUUUUAUGUGUCUGUGGGGUGUCACAAAAGUUAUACACAAAGACAAGGUCAAUUAUACGAAUUUGUUUGACACGAUUGAUGAAAGCACAAAACUCCUUAGAGUUUCAGGACUGGAUUUAUCACAAAUUUAUGUACCUCAAUAUAUUAUGGUCGAACAAAUUUUAGAAAUUCAUUUAUCCAAUUGUAGCCUGAUGAAUCAUAAACUAACUGAAAUUUUAUUUGCAAUGAGUAACAGUUUACAUAAUGUUUAUCACUUAGAUCUCAGCUACAACAAAAUAACUUUAGAAAAUUUUGAUGAAUUCUACCUGCUUUUUUUGUCAUUAACUACUUUGAAUUUAUCCCACACAUUAGUUUCCAAACUCCACAUUCAGAUGAGUGUAACACGAUUUAUAAAGACGAUAGAUAUGUCCUUAUCACCACUCCAAUCUCUCAAAUUCUUUAACAAGAAAAGUUUUUCAAUGCUUUAUCUAAAUGUAAGCUCUACACCGAUAAACACUGUUGGUUGGUUCGAUAAAGAUAUCUCUGUUGGUACAGUUGAUCUCAGAAAUACUAACAUAAUUUAUGACUUAAAAACCUCUGAGCAUUUACAACAUAUAACAAUAGGCAGCGAUAUCUAUGGAGACAGCUACAAAUUAUGUUGUGAGAAGUUUAAGGGACCGGGUAUUCCCUCUCAUACAUGUAACGCACCAAGUGACGCCAUAUCUUCAUGUGAAAAUCUACUUGACGAUGUUGUAAAACGUACACUGAUAUGGCUAGUGGCGUUGAUAGGUUCUAGUGGUAAUGCUAUUGUCGUUGGCUACAGAAUAUUUUAUGAGAAACAUUUAUUAAAACAAGGCUACAGAAUGUUUGUUACAAACCUGGGCUUGUCAGAUUUAAUCAUGAGCGUUUAUUUACUCAUCAUAGCAGGAGCUGAUGUUUACUACCGUGAUGACUACGUGUUGUAUGACACAGAAUGGCGAGACAGUUCACUGUGUAAGGCCGCAGGUUUUCUCGCUACUCUCUCGACUGAGACGUCUUCACUGUUUGUUUUACUCAUCACUUUAGAUCGAUAUUUCACAUUUAAAAAUCCACUCAAUCAGACAAAAUUUACCCCCCAAAUUUUAGCUUGUGUUGUUACUUUGAUCUGGGCAACUGGUCUAGCCAUCUCCACAAUCCCCAUUUUGUUUCCUGACUGGCAGGUCUACUCGUCCAAUGCUGUGUGUCUGGCACUUCCGGUCAAUCUGACACACCCACUUGGCUGGAUGUUUUCUUUACUUCUCUAUACUGUUGUCAAUUUUCUCAUGAUGAUUAUGAUCAUUUCAGGACAAAUGUUAAUCUUUAAACAAAUAGCCAUGCCCUCUAACUCUCUAAUCAAUACAUCAGCCCACAGGAGACGUGAGAUCACAGUUGCUAAAAACCUUUCUCUGGUCGUCGUGUCCAACGUUCUCUGUUGGUUUCCUAUCUGCAUCAUUAGUCUCAUGUCUGCUGCUGGUUAUAUAUUUAGUCCAGACGUCUAUGGCUGGCUGGCUGUAGCCAUAAUGCCACUCAACUCUGCCGUCAACCCAAUACUUUACACGCUACCAGUAGCGUAUCAAGCUUUUAAUGAAGUCAUAAACAGACGUCGCAAAAAUUAA